AUGCUGGUGCACACUUACUCCGCCAUGGAGCGCCCCGACGGGCUAGGCGCGGGGGCUGGCGGGGCCCGCUUGUCAUCUCUGCCCCAGGCAGCCUACGGACCAGCGCCGCCGCUCUGCCACACGCCCGCCGCCGCCGCUGCCGCGGACUUCCAGCCGCCGUACUUCCCGCCGCCCUACCCGCAGCCGCCGCUGCCCUAUGGCCAGGCGCCCGACGCCGCUGCAGCCUUUCCCCACCUGGCGGGGGACCCGUACGGCGGCCUCGCGCCCCUGGCGCAGCCGCAGCCUCCGCAGGCCGCCUGGGCCGCGCCCCGCGCCGCCACCCGCGCCCACGACGAGCCGCCGGGCCUGCUGGCGCCGCCCGCCCGUGCUUUGGGUCUGGACCCGCGCCGCGACUACGCCGCCGCCGUCCCGCGACUUCUGCACGGCCUGGCAGACGGCGCGCACGGCCUGACAGAUGCGUCCCUUGGCCUCCCAGGGCUGGCGGCACCGCCCGGCCUGGAGGACUUGCAGGCCAUGGAUGAGCCCGGAAUGAGCCUCCUGGACCAGUCUGUGAUCAAGAAAGUCCCUAUCCCUUCCAAAGCAAGCAGCCUCUCAGUCCUCUCAUUGGCCAAAGACAGCCUGGUUGGUGGCAUCACGAACCCCAGUGAGGUCUUCUGCUCUGUGCCUGGCCGGCUCUCACUGCUCAGCUCAACAUCCAAGUACAAGGUGACCGUGGGGGAGGUGCAGCGGCGACUCUCGCCUCCUGAGUGCCUCAAUGCCUCCCUCCUGGGGGGUGUCCUCCGCAGGGCCAAGUCCAAGAAUGGGGGUCGGUGCCUACGGGAACGCCUAGAGAAGAUUGGGCUCAACCUGCCAGCAGGCCGGCGCAAGGCUGCCAAUGUGACGCUGCUGACUUCACUGGUAGAGGGAGAGGCUGUGCACCUGGCCCGAGACUUCGGCUAUGUCUGUGAGACCGAGUUCCCAGCCAAGGCAGCUGCUGAGUACCUGUGCCGACAGCACGCUGACCCUGGGGAUCUGCACAGCCGCAAGAGCAUGCUGCUGGCUGCCAAGCAGAUCUGCAAGGAGUUUGCAGACUUGAUGGCACAGGACCGCUCGCCGCUGGGCAACAGCCGCCCAGCACUCAUCCUGGAGCCUGGUGUGCAGAGUUGCCUGACGCACUUUAGUCUCAUCACACACGGCUUUGGAGGGCCCGCCAUAUGUGCUGCCCUCACUGCCUUCCAGAACUACUUGCUGGAGUCACUCAAGGGACUGGACAAGAUGUUUCUAAGCAGUGCAGGCAGUGGGCACAGUGACACCAAGACUUCAGAAAAGGAUGCCAAACAUCGGAAAUAA